UGUGGUUUCCUGUCCCUGUCCGGUUAUUCCUUGUCUACAACAUGAGCUCCCAAAGACUUUCAAAGGAGACUGUCCUCAUUACUGGAGGAAGUGGAUACUUUGGCUUCCGCCUCGGCUGUGCUCUGAACCAGAAGGGGGUCCGGGUGAUCCUGUUCGACAUCUACACUCCCGCGGAAGCCAUCCCCGAAGGGAUCACGUUCGUCCGCGGCGACAUCCGCCGCUUCGGCGAGGUGGAGCGGGCCUUCCAGGCCGGCCGGGUGGCCUGCGUGUUCCACGUGGCCUCCUACGGGAUGUCCGGGCGGGAGCAGCUCACGCCCAAGCUCAUCCAGGAGGUGAACGUGCGCGGCACGGACAACGUCCUCCGGGCCUGCCGUCAGAGGGGGGUCCCCCGGCUCGUCUACACCAGCACGUUCAACGUCAUCUUCUCGGGCCAGGUCAUCGAGAACGGGGACGAGUCCCUGCCCUACCUGCCCCCCCACCUGUACACGGACCACUACUCCCGCACCAAGAUGAUGGCGGAGAAGAGAGUGCUGGAGGCCAACGGCUCGGCGCUGGAGCGAGGCCGGGGCGUGCUGCGAACCUGCUCGCUGAGGGCCGCCGGCAUCUACGGCCCGGGGGAGCAGAGGCACCUGCCCCGGAUCGUGAGCUACCUGGAGAGGGGCCUCUUCAAGUUCGUGUUCGGCGAGCCCGAGAGCCUGACGCAGUUCGUGCACGUGGACAACCUGGUGCAGGCGCACGUGCUGGCCUCCGAGGCCCUGCAGGCCCACAGGGGCCACGUGGCCUCCGGGCAGCCCUACUUCAUCUCCGACGGCAAGCCCGUGAACAACUUCGAGUUCUUCCGGCCGUUGGUGGAGGGCCUGGGUUACAAGUUCCCCUCCGUGCGCCUCCCGCUGGGCCUCGUCUACGGCCUGGCGUUCCUCACGGAGGUAGUCCACUUCGUGCUGGGCAGACUCUACAACUUCCAGCCCUUCCUCACCCGCGCCGAGGUCUACAAGAGCGGGAUCACGCACUACUUCAGCCUGGAGAAAGCCAAGAAGGAGCUGGGCUACGAGGCCCGGGCCUACGACCUGCGGGAAACCGUGGAGUGGUUCAAAGCCCGCGGCCACGGCAGGCGCCCCGAGCACGAAGGCCUGCGGUACCUGCUCUGGGACGGGCUGCUGGUCUUGCUCCUGGUCCUGUCGCUGCUCGCCUGGCUGCCUUCCGCUCUGUCGGCGUGA